GCCUCGUGCAGCAGCCGGCCGGGCCGCCGCGCGCCCGGGGAGCCGGCCCCGUGAGCGCAGGAGUAAACACCGGCGGAGUGUGGGAGCCGCUGCAGAAGGGAAUAAAGAGACAUGCAGGGAUUUGUGAGGUUACGGCGCCCCAGCUGCAGGAUGCACUAGCCGGCUGAAGCCGGGGCGGGUUGACUUGUUGGAACCGUAGUGCUCUGCUCUGCACGGGAGUGUGGAUGAGUUGAAGUUGCUUUCCCCGGGCUCGUUCUCCACGCCGCCGAGAGGAAUCCAAGCGGCGAGGCAGGCACUUCGUCUUGCCAUUGAUUGGGUAUCGGGAGCGUUUUCUUCACCGUUCUCUUUCUUUUUCCUCCGUCUUGUUGCAUGCAAGAAAAUUACAGUCCGCUGCUCGCCCGCCCUGGGUGCGAGACCUUCUGCCCGGCUCUCUCCCGUGCAUUGUGCAGCCCGAAGAUGAAAGACCGAAGGGGAGAAAGUUAAAGAAAUCGCCCACAUGCGCUGGAUCAGUCCACGGCUUGGGGAAAGGCAUCCAGAGAAGGUGGGAGCGGAGAGUUUGAAGUCUUUACAGGCGGGAAGAUGGCGGACUGGAGCUGAAAGUGUUGAUUGGGAAACUUGGGUGAUUCUUGUGUUUAUUUACAAUCCUCUUGACCCAGGCAGGACACAUGCAGGCCAAAAAACGCUAUUUCAUUCUGCUCUCAGCUGGCUCUUGUCUCGCCCUUUUGUUUUAUUUUGGAGGCGUGCAGUUUAGGGCAUCGAGGAGCCACAGCCGGAGAGAAGAGCACAGUGGUCGGAAUGGCUUGCACCAGCCCAGUCCGGAUCAUUUCUGGCCCCGCUUCCCGGACGCUCUGCGCCCCUUCUUUCCUUGGGAUCAAUUGGAAAACGAGGAUUCCAGCGUGCACAUUUCCCCCCGGCAGAAGCGAGACGCCAACUCGAGCAUCUACAAAGGCAAGAAGUGCCGCAUGGAGUCCUGCUUCGAUUUCACCCUUUGCAAGAAAAACGGCUUCAAAGUCUACGUCUACCCGCAGCAGAAAGGGGAGAAAAUCGCCGAAAGUUACCAAAACAUUCUAGCGGCCAUCGAGGGCUCCAGGUUCUACACCUCGGACCCCAGCCAGGCGUGCCUCUUUGUCCUGAGUCUGGAUACUUUAGACAGAGACCAGUUAUCACCUCAGUAUGUGCACAAUUUGAGAUCCAAAGUGCAGAGUCUCCACUUGUGGAACAAUGGUAGGAAUCAUUUAAUUUUUAAUUUAUAUUCUGGCACUUGGCCUGACUACACCGAGGACGUGGGGUUUGACAUCGGCCAGGCGAUGCUGGCCAAAGCCAGCAUCAGUACUGAAAACUUCCGACCCAACUUUGAUGUUUCUAUUCCCCUCUUUUCUAAAGAUCAUCCCAGGACAGGAGGGGAGAGGGGUUUUUUGAAAUUUAACACCAUCCCUCCUCUCAGGAAGUACAUGCUGGUAUUCAAGGGGAAGAGGUACCUGACAGGGAUAGGGUCAGACACCAGGAAUGCCUUAUAUCACGUCCAUAACGGGGAGGACGUCUUGCUCCUCACCACCUGCAAGCACGGCAAAGACUGGCAAAAGCACAAGGAUUCUCGCUGUGACAGAGACAACACGGAGUAUGAGAAGUAUGAUUAUCGGGAAAUGCUGCACAAUGCCACUUUCUGUCUGGUUCCUCGUGGUCGCAGGCUUGGGUCCUUCAGAUUCCUGGAGGCUUUGCAGGCUGCCUGUGUCCCUGUGAUGCUCAGCAAUGGAUGGGAGUUGCCAUUCUCCGAAGUGAUUAAUUGGAACCAAGCUGCCAUCAUCGGCGAUGAGAGAUUGUUAUUACAGAUUCCUUCUACAAUCAGGUCUAUUCAUCAGGAUAAAAUCCUAGCACUUAGACAACAGACACAGUUCUUGUGGGAGGCUUAUUUUUCUUCAGUUGAGAAGAUUGUAUUAACUACACUAGAGAUUAUUCAGGACAGAAUAUUCAAGCACAUAUCACGAAACAGUUUAAUAUGGAACAAACAUCCUGGAGGAUUGUUCGUCCUACCGCAGUAUUCCUCGUACCUGGGAGAUUUCCCAUACUUCUAUGCUAAUUUAGGUUUAAAGCCCCCCUCCAAAUUCACUGCAGUCAUCCAUGCUGUGACACCCCUGGUCUCUCAGUCCCAGCCAGUGUUGAAGCUUCUUGUGGCUGCCGCCAAGUCCCAGUACUGUGCCCAGAUCAUAGUUCUGUGGAAUUGUGACAAGCCCCUACCAGCCAAACACCGCUGGCCUGCCACUGCUGUGCCGGUCAUCGUCAUUGAAGGAGAAAGCAAGGUAGGCCUAGGAGUGGGUAACGUGAGGCCACCAUGGAGACGUAGGUCUCCACAGAUCAUUGUCGAUGCUGCUUCUAGAAGAGACUAUUUUACACUAGAUAGCACAUCCCAAGUGGAUUUUGCCUUCACCGUGUGGCAGAGCUUUCCCGAGAGGAUUGUGGGGUAUCCCGCACGCAGCCAUUUCUGGGAUAACUCUAAGGAGCGGUGGGGAUACACAUCCAAGUGGACGAACGACUACUCCAUGGUGUUGACAGGAGCUGCUAUCUACCACAAAUAUUACCACUACCUGUACACCCAUUACCUGCCAGCCAGCCUGAAGAACAUGGUAGACCAACUGGCCAAUUGUGAGGACAUUCUCAUGAACUUCCUGGUGUCCGCUGUGACAAAGUUGCCUCCAAUCAAAGUGACCCAGAAGAAGCAGUAUAAGGAGACAAUGAUGGGACAGACUUCCCGGGCUUCCCGCUGGGCUGACCCUGACCACUUUGCCCAGCGACAGAGCUGCAUGAACACGUUUGCCAGCUGGUUUGGCUACAUGCCGCUGAUCCACUCUCAGAUGAGGCUAGACCCGGUCCUCUUUAAAGACCAGGUCUCCAUUCUGAGGAAGAAAUACAGAGACAUUGAACGGCUUUGAGGGAUCCCACUGCGUGGGGGAGGGGAAGAAGAUGGGACUGAGUCCAGCUGCUCUCUCUUCCCAGUGCAGAUCCGUUCAUCGAGAGAGCCAGACUGUGCCAAGUAUCAAAAAAAUUAAAAAAACAAAAAAAACAAAAAAACCUUAGAUGAACACAAUGACAAGAGUAACAAAGGCCAGUGAGAACUCAGCUGGAAUCCUGAUCCUGGGACUGCUCCACACUGCUCCAUUCACCUCACUGGCUUCUGUGUCCCACGACUAGGUUGUGUACAGUUUAAUUAUGGAACAUUAAAUAAUUAUUUUUGAAAUGAUUGCUAUGCAGGUUUAAACUUUUUUAAUGAUCAAAACUAUUAAAAACCAGAGUUCUUUCUUUAAUCAAAA